UUGCCGCCAGCUGAAAAAUGUGCGUUGUGUGUGAAGAAUGUUUAUAGAGCUGAACAAUUCCAGUGUUUUGGAUUGUUGUAUCAUGUGAAUUGCUUCCGAUGUGCCGAAUGUAAACAAGCUUUGAGGUGGGUUGAAAAAAUAUGGGACUUCACGGCAUUUCACAGAGUGAUUUGGGAAACGUGAUAAAACCUUGAGAUUCAAAAAAACGCGCGAAACAAUAUUUUUCGAAUUUUUUUGAAUUCAAAAUAUUCUCCCGCGCUUGAAUUUCAUGUUUUUAUGGAGUAAAUCGAGAAAAAUUCUUCGAAAAGAAAUUGCUCUAUUGUUUCAAAACAAAACGCGGGGAAAAUUUUUGAAUUUGAAAAAAAAAUUUGAAAAACAUGUUUCCCGCGGUUGGUCUUGCAACGAGGAGCCGAACUCACGACCAUACAAGACGCCCGUUGAGUCAGACGCGAGACGACGAGAGUAUUUUGCAAAAAUAUACCGAAAAUUCAUUUCGCUUCGAGAUAUUUUCAAUAAAACAUGUGUUCCUUGAAACAAAAUACGGUAUUUUUUCAAAGGGACUCAUAUUUUCUCAAAAAUAUCUCGAAGCGAUCUGUCUUUCUCUGUCUCAGAUGACGUCAUCAGUCUCCCGUCGUCUCUCGUCUGACCCGAGGGGCAAUUUUAUAUUGGAGUAAAUGGUCGUGGACUGCAAAUUGAUUUGAUUUUUCUUUCUCUGCGUCUCUCUCAACUUGAAAUUUUCCCUAUUUUUUAAAGGCCGUGUGUUUCAGAGAAAAUUCUAAAAAUAUUCUAAAAAAAAAAAAAUUUUGAUCUACAAGUUUCUGUCGUUAAAAAACACCUUCCCCUUGCAAAAUGCAAAAUUUUCAUGUGAUUUUUUACCUGACAGUUAAUGUGUCAAAAAUUGUUAUCAUAAGACAUAUUAAUUUUAUGCAAAAUGUAAACAUGUUAUGCAGAUAGUGAAGUUAUAUUUAAAAUUUGUGAUUUUCGAAUAUAAAAUCAGAUUUUGUAGUUUUUGUAGAAAAAUGGUAAUUCAUCUGGUUUUUGAGCUAGAAGAUUCUGAAUAUUAACUAUACAACUUGAAUUUUUCAUUUUCAAAUUUUUCCGAACUUCAAACAUCUAACCCCUGAAGUUUUUACCUUUUCUGAUUUUCUCGAAGAUUUUCGUAGUCAUUAGAAAUACAAAUCCAAAACACAAAAAUUAUUUUCCAAAAAAAAACAAUUCAAAGAUCAAAGAUCCAUGUGUGGACUUACUUGGAAUCCUAAAUUUUUCAAACUCAUUUCCAGAGUUGAAAAAGCAAAUCGAUCAAAAACUGGUGAACUCUACUGUAAAGUACACUUCAAACUUCUCGAAGAACGUCAAAAACGAAAAAUGGAAGAAGAAGAAAAUAAUAACAAUUGUACAAUUCCUGCACAAAUUAUUAUUGAGCCAUAA